CUGAGAAGCUGACCUUGUGCCAGGACACUGAAGAGAGACUCAGCUGCAGAGACGAUGGAGUAACUCAGCUGGACCUUACAAUGUCCACAUUACAUCUGGAUGUGCCCUCAAAUCAGGGACGAAAGCUUGGUCACAAGAGAGCGGGAAGCAUUGAACUGCUGGAAGUUAUCGGAGUUGUGAAAAAGGAUAAUGGAAGUGGGAGCUUCUCUUUGCUGCCUGUGCACUCCCCACAGUCCUUUGACUAUGUUCUGGUGGCCCAGAAAACAGAUGAUGAUGGCCAGGAAAGCUUCAGAAAGCAGAGAGACUUCAUCAAUGCUCUGAAGGACAAGCAAUUAACUAUACAGAAAAUUACUGAUGAAGAUAAAGUUUUUUAUGGAAUCACAGCCCCAAAAGAGAUCUUUGAGACAUACCGAUACCUGCUCAAAGUGUCUGAUGCCUGUAAUUGGAGCUGUGAGCAACAGGGUAAUAUCCCACAGUCCACCAGAAUACGCAUAGUUGACUUCAUUGUGGACCACACCAGCAUAGAAAGUGAUGGUGAACCAGAGUACCUGUCAGACCUCAUUCAAGGAAACAUAUUUGAGGCUCAGUUUUGUCUGCAUGAGAAACAGGAACAGAAAGAACUAAGCAACAGUUGGGCUCGAUGGACAGCCUGUUUAAAUGGGCAACCAAUAACAGAUGUAAGGGACUACUUUGGAGAGAAAGUUGCUCUGUAUUUCCUUUGGCUGGGAUGGUACACAUUUCUGCUGAUCCCUGCUGCUGUGCUAGGGGUCAUAGUCUUCCUUUAUGGCCUGGCCUUCUUCAAAACCAGCCCUCUAAUACAAGAGGUGUGUCAGUCAGACACUAUCAUGUGCCCACUAUGUGAUGACAAAUGCAAGAUCUGGAAGCUCUCCGAUACCUGCACAUAUGCAAAGGUGAGCAUACUGUUUGAUAAUGAGGGAACUGUGGCAUUUGCCAUGUUCAUGGCAGUCUGGGCUACUGUAUUUCUAGAGUUCUGGAAACGCCACAGAGCAUCAUACGUCUCAGAAUGGAAGGUUUUUGACUGGUGUGAAGAAGAGGAGGAGCUGAUUCUUGAGAUUGUGAAUAAUCCUAAUUGUGAAUCAAAGAAGCACAGUCACUCAUACCUACGCAGUACACUAGUAAUGGUUUUGGUGACAUUCAUGUUGCUGCUAAUCAUUGGGCUGGCGCAUGCCCUGGUGGUGUUCAGGGUAAUAGCCAGUGAACAGCUGGCUAAAUUCAAAAGCUGGUCAUUCAUUAGUGACAAUUCCAAUACAGUGGCUUUCAUGUUGGGAGCUGUGCUGCAUUACCUCACAAUAAUUAUCAUGACUAAGGUCAAUCGCAAAGUGGCCUUGAAGCUUUGUGAACUAGAGAAAGCACGCUCCUAUGCAGCCAUUGAAAGGAGCUUCACAGUGAAGAUGUUUGUUUUCCAGUUCUUCACUCUCUUCUCCUCUCUCAUAUAUACAGCAUUCUUCCUUGGCAGGAUAAACGGACAUCCAGGUGGAUAUGUGAAAUUAGCUGGCAAAUGGAGAUUAGAGGAGUGCCACCCCAGUGGAUGUCUGACAGACCUGUUCAUUCAAAUGGCCGUCAUUCUGUUUCUCAAACAGACCAUCAACAAUGUGUUUGAGUUCUCUGGCCCUUGGUUCACACGUUGGCUAAAGAGGCUACAGAGUCGAAAGUUGAGGCAAAACGUUCGACAGUGUUCAAAGAAGAACUGUAUGGAGAGCACAGAACUCUGUGACAACUGUAAAGUGAAGGACCUGCUCAGGAACUUUGAACUUGAUAGUGUGGACCAGUUCAGCCUCUUCGAUGAAUUCCUAGAGAUGGUCCUCCAGUUCAGUUUUACCACCAUCUUCGUUGCUGCGUUUCCUCUGGCUCCUCUGUUAGCUCUGCUCAACAACAUCAUCGAGAUCAGGCUAGACGCCAUAAAGAUGGUCAGCCUGGAAAGAAGGCUCAUUCCCAAGAAGACUAACGACAUUGGUAUUUGGACUGAUGUGCUGGAAACGAUUGGAGUGUUAGCAGUCAUUGCUAAUGGGCUGGUUAUUGGCAUAUCCUCUGAUUUUAUCCCUCGAUUGGUAUAUCGUUACCGCUAUGGACCCUGUGCCAUCUCCAGUACUACUGAAAUUGAUUGUAUGUCAGGUUAUAUCCAAAACACUCUGUCCAUUGCUAACAUCAGUGAUGAAAACAUCAAAAAUGACUUUUUGCCUGAACAGCUGAAUAUUUACAAUGGCACAAAUGUGACAUCCUGCAGCUAUAGAGACUAUAGGAGUAAUGAGGACUACACUUUGACCAAUCAGUUUUGGGUCAUUCAGGCAAUCCGAUUUGCCUUUGUUGUUCUUUUUGAGCAUGUGGUGGUGUUGUGUAAGUUCAUAGCAGGGUGGUUUGUGCCUGGUUCUCCCUUAGAGGUGAAAAAUACCAGGCUGCAAGACAAACUCGACAGACUGAAGGAGGAACUGAAGUAA